AUGCGUUUCAGCAUUACGACAGCUGUGGCGUUGGCCACAACUUUGGUCUCUGCCCUCCCUCAAUCAGCUGAAAGCGUGGGCAAUGUCACGACCUUGGCUGCAAUGAUCCCAGCACCGCCAGAUGCGCCUACACCACCCACCACGUGCCCCAAGCUCGCGCCAGGCCCUGUGAGCUUCAAGUUCCUAGCGGAGAACUUCCCUGCUCCCAAGCCCACGGAUCUCUACGCCAUCGAGGCCAUCCGGCAAACCGCCGCUUUGUACGCUCUUGCGAUCGACGGCAAAGCUUUCGAAGCACUUCGUAAAGUCUUCGUUCCCAAGGUCCGGGCCAAUUACUCUGACCCGAUCGGCGUACUCAACGGCGUGGACGCGGUGAUCCAAGCUCUCGCUCCGGGUCUGGAAUCGUUCGCGUCGACUCAGCACCAUCUCGGCACACAGUAUAUCCACAUCUGCAGCGCAACGACCGCUGUCUCGGUCACAUACUUCCAAGCCAGUCACUACUUUGACCCGUAUACCGGAAUACAGAACCCAGUAGGGCCGGAUCGCGUGCUUGUUGACAACGCGCAAUAUCAAGACGUGUGGGCCAAGCAGGCAGAUGGAACGUGGAAGAUCACCAACCGUAACUUGGUUCGUAUGGGUCCGGCUACCUUGCAGGGUGGAUUCCCGACACAGCCGGAUAUGUCGGCCUUCGUAUACGGGCCAUGA